AUGGCCAAAGUUCGCCAGGAGCACGUGCAUCCGUCCUAUCAGAGCGGCGUCGACCGCAAUGACAUUGCCCUGCUCGAGCUGGAGGAGCCCAUUCCCAUUGACUACAGCACCGCCAUGACCACACAGGCCAUCAACAUGGAACCGGACGAGGGCAGCUGUGGAGACUGGGUGAGAGUGUACGGUUUCGGGGACACGCACAGCUGGUUCGAGGCGCACAACCAGCGACUGCAGACGAUGCUGACCAGAGUGGAGAAUGGAUGCUACCAGAGUGAAAAGCAUCGGGACUUUAUUGUCACGCAGAUUCACGGAAAAACAGUUUGUCAUGGCGACAGCGGUGGUCCGCUGAUUGGCAAUCAGCGACGAAUCAUUGGCAUCCUCUCGGGCACCAGUCUGUCCGGCUGUUCGGCUGGCGAUCUGAAUCUAUUUGUCAAAAUAUCGAAUCACGUUGAGUUUAUUGAAAAGUACUUUUACGAUAAGCUCCUUCGCGACCAGCAGGAAACGUACAAGCCGAACACUGACAAUUCGGCGGACCAACAUCGCAACCAUGACCAGCAUCAACAUGACCCAGCUCAUCGCCAUAAUCAUCAUCCUCAGCAGCCACCAUCAUCACCGGGGGAACAACAGCCCAACUGGUCAUCCUCGGUGGACUACGGCGACCUGGACUGCCCAACAAUGGAGCGACUGCUCAAUCGAUUUCGCUCCUUCCGCAGUCCCUUUAGCCGCCGAGUGCUUCAGCAGUACGAGACACUAUGUUUAGGCGGCAAAAAGUGA